AUGUCCACCCUCGCCGAGUCCGUUUCCACCACCGCGGCCCAAGUGCCGCGUGUGCCCAUCCCCCCGAAAGGCGUCGACUAUCGCGGCAAAGUCGUCCUUGCUCCAAUGGUUCGAUCAGGCGAACUCCCCUCGCGCCUCCUCGCUCUCCACUACGGCGCAGACCUCGUCUGGGGUCCCGAAACCAUUGAUCGCGCACUCAUCGGUGCCGAGCGCCGCGUCAACCCGCGCAACGGAACCAUCGAAUUCACCCGCCUCCCCUCCAACGGCGGCCGUGUCGAAAAAGCCGCCAAAGAAUCAGUCAUCUACCGUCUCGAUCCUGUUCGCGAAAAGGGCAAACUCAUUUUCCAAAUGGGCACUGCCAACCCCGAUCUCGCCGUGCAGGCUGCAAAGGUUGUUGCAGGGGAUGUAUGGGGUAUCGAUGUCAACUCGGGUUGUCCCAAACCCUUCAGCACCAGCGGCGGCAUGGGCGCCGCACUCCUGCGCACACCCGAUAAACUAGUCUCCAUUCUCGAGACGCUGGUCCGCGAAGUCGGCGAGCCGUAUCAGAUCGGCAUCUCUGUGAAAAUUCGCAUCCUCGAGACCCCCGAACUCACCGAAGCCCUCGUCUCCCGCCUCGUCCGCACCGGUAUCACAGGUCUAACCGUCCACUGCCGCACAACCCCCAUGCGGCCCCGUGAGCAAGCAAUCCGCGACCAGCUUCGCAUGGUGGCCGAUGUCUGCCACAAUGCCGGUGUGGCAUGCGUGAUGAACGGCGACGUCACCUCGCGCGACAACGCACUAACGCUGAUGGACGAGUUCGGCGUGGAUGGCGCAAUGAUCGCCGUUUCGGCGGAAUCCAAUUCAUCCUGUUUCCGCUCCGAGGCGGACGGUGGUCUCGCACCUUGGCGCGACGUGGUGUAUCAAUAUCUCAAGUUCUGCAUUGAGAGCGAGAACCGCUACGGUAAUACCAAGUACCUGCUCAACAUGUUGAUCCCGGGCAAAGUCAAGGAAUUCAAAGAAGCCAAGCAAUCCAAGACAUACGCUGAUGUCUGCCGACGAUUGAAAUUCGACGAUCUCGUGCCUUCAGCCAUUCAGCUGGACGAGAUCCUCGACCUCACGCACAAGCAGGAGCUAGGCGAUGCAGAACACACUGUCUCCAAGGCCGUGCAGAACGCCAAGGAGAAUAACGAGUCUGCGCGUGCCGCUGGCGGCGGUAACACCAGACCUGCCAAGUCAAACUCCACCACUACGCAUAAUGUUGGUCCCAUCCGUACCUCGUCUAUCCCACAGCCGGCUAAAGCAGCUAAGCCUGCAUCCGCAUCUGAGCAGGCCACUACGACUACCCCCGUUGAUCCGUCAGUCCCCGCUGCAGAGGUUCCCCAGCAGCCUGCCGUUGCAGUAUAA